AUGGCGAACCCUACUCCUAGUCUCAAAGACGAGGGCGUCGUCUCGCCUGUUGGUAUGGUCAUCGAAGAGCCGACCUUUCCGGAUAUUCCUGGCCAAGAGCCCACCGCGCCCGCGCCCACCCAAGACACAUCGACCGCAGACAUGGCUCAGAAAGACGGCGCAUCGUCGCCAGACCGAACGACUCGAGCAUCACAGCAUGCCGCCGAGUCGACAUCCAGUGUAUUCACGUCGACAUCGCGUCCCGCCCAGCAGAGAUGGGCGACUGAGCGACCAAAACCUUCUGUGAGACACUCAUUACUGGGAAGAAUGCAACAACCACGCGAUGCAAGACCAGCAGCGCCCGAGAGAGCAGCGACGAUUACUUUCGACCCCGACUCCGACUCCUCCGACUCUUCAGACGAUGAGAAAGAAUAUCCCCGCAAGAGCCUCGGCCACGCUGACGACCUCACCAAGCAAGCGACACGCAAGCCACGCGGAAGCCGGUCCGGGCCCUUUUCCCGCUUGAAGAUCUCCAACGAACACUUCAACACAAAGGGCAGGGUUUCAAAAGCAGAUGGGCGUCUCAAGCUUAGCAUAUUGGAGGAGAAUCUCGGUAGUGGCUAUAUUGCAAAAGCUCUAGGCACAGCUUUCAAGAAGCAUGGCGACGAUGAGGACCAGGGACCUGCGAGUUACGACGAGGUUGGAGCCACCAAGAUCAAACCAGAAGAUGACGAAAUGGAACAUGACCCUGCAAGAAGGAUCAAGCUAAAUAUCGUUAUCAUUAUCAUUGGGUCGCGCGGUGACAUUCAGCCUUUCAUUCGCAUAGGCAAGAUUCUAAAGGAAGAUUAUGGGCACCGCGUUCGUCUGGCUACACACCCAGCGUUCAAAGACUUCGUGGAGAAGGAUUCGGGCUUGGAAUUCUUCUCCGUCGGUGGUAACCCAGCCGAGCUGAUGGCCUUCAUGGUUAAAAACCCUGGUCUGAUUCCGAAUAUCGAAACAAUCAAGGAGGGUGAGAUUGGCCGACGGAGGAGCCAAAUGUACGAGAUGUUCCAAGGCAUGUGGCGUGCUUGCAUCAAUGCGACCGACGAUGAGACUGACAAAACGAACGCCAAGAUGAUGGGCGACAAGGCACCCUUCGUCGCGGAUGCUAUUAUUUCAAAUCCGCCAAGUUUCGCCCCAACUCACAUUGCCGAGAAGUUGGGUAUACCGCUACACAUGAUGUUCACAUUCCCUUACACACCCACGAGCCAGUUCCCUCAUCCACUUGCAAACAUCAAGGCCAGUAAUGUCGAAGCGACCUACAGCAAUUUCAUGUCAUACCCACUCGUCGAGAUGAUGAUGUGGCAAGGGCUUGGUGAUCUCAUCAACCGGUUUCGUACCCAAGUCUUGCAUCUCGAGGAAGUCAGCAGGAUAUGGGCGCCAGGUCAACUCUAUCGGCUAAAAGUACCCUACACAUACAUGUGGUCACCGGGUCUCAUCCCGAAGCCCAAGGACUGGGGUCCAGAAAUUGACAUCUCGGGUUUUGUUUUCCUUGAUCUAGCUUCGUCAUUCACGCCACCAGAUGAGCUAAAGAAGUUUCUGGACGACGGACCUCCUCCAGUCUAUAUUGGAUUCGGCUCCAUCGUCGUAGACGAUCCAGAUCAAUUCACAAAGCUCAUCUUUGACGCCGUGAAAUCAGUCGGCUGCCGUGCUCUUGUUUCAAAGGGCUGGGGUGGGUUUGGCUCCAAUGCCGAUUGUCCGGAAAAUGUCUUCAUGCUGGAGAACACACCUCACGAUUGGCUUUUCCCAAAGUGCGCUGCUGUUGUGCAUCACGGAGGUGCUGGAACAACCGCUAUCGGUCUCAAGUGCGCUAUACCGACAAUGAUUGUGCCCUUCUUUGGUGACCAGCCGUUCUGGGGUGCGAUGGUCAGCAAAGCAAAGGCCGGAGCUCACGAUUGUAUACCAUACAAAAAGCUUAGCGCUGAACGGCUAGCAGAGGGCAUCAAGCAAUGUCUGACUGAUGAAGCUAAAGAGAAUGUGAAGAAGAUCGCCGAAAGCAUCGAGAAGGAAGGCGAUGGUGCGCUUAAUGCUGUACGCUCCUUUCACAGAUCACUGCCUCUACAUGGAGAGGGCAGCAUGCGUUGCGACUUCCUCGAUAACCGUGCUGCGGUGUGGAAGAUCAAGAACACGGACAUCAAGCUUUCCGCCCUCGCAGCUGAAAUACUUGUCGAGAAGAGGAAGCUCAAAUGGAGCGACCUGCGACUCGUUCGACACUACGAAUGGAAUGACUUUGGCGGACCGGGAGAGCCUAUCACAGGUGUCUGGGGCAGCUUGAUGACAUCGUUUUCUGAUGCUGCAGCAGGUGUAGGUGGUAUGCCUGUAGAGAUGGGGAAGAGUAUCAGGAAACGGGAGAAGCUAAGAGAGAAGAAGCGCAGACAUCAACAGCGUCACGAGCAGAAAAAGGCCGCAUUAGUAAAGGCAAAUGCAAACACGCCAGAUGGAGCUCAAAGCACGGACCAGAAGCAGGACAACCAAGAUGCAGGUCGACCACAAGCAAAUCGCAACGAAUCAAUGCUUUCCAAAAUCACGGAACCAGACGAAGAAUUGGCCGACGAGCUUAGCCGCGAAGCUGCAUUUGGCUUCAGGAAGACGGGACACGCUAUUGCCAGAUUUCCUAUGGACUUGACACUUGCUAUCACACAGGGCUUCCACAACGCUCCGCGUCUGUACGGAGAUGAAACGGUGCGCCGUCCACCUCGAGUGACUGGUUUCCACUCUGGCACUCGUGCUGGUCGCGACGAGCUUGUUUAUGGUGUCAUGGAUGGCGUUUCGGGUCUUGUCACCCAGCCUUACAAUGGCGCGAAGAAGAACGGUGUCAUGGGCGCGAUGCGAGGCGUGGGCUUUGGCAUUGGCGGCUUCGUACUCAAGGAUAUCGCAGCCCUUCUUGGCCCUUUGGCAUACACAAUGAAGGGCCUUGACGCAGAAUACAUGAAACGAUACCAACCUACUAAUUAUUUACGCCGUGCCCGCAUUGCUGAAGGACAAAAAGAGCUCUCGAUGCUGGAAUCGAAAUCUCAGGUUUCGGCCAUUCAAGAAGCUCAAAAAGGAGCUAAGCGAACCUCUGAGAAGAAGGAAUCUGUAGAGGAGAAUGUCACCAUCCGUUGGAAGGCUCUACAGAAGACGAUUGCUGAAGAAAAGAAGCAGCACAAGAACGGCAUCAUUGGGUCACUCACUGGCCGAGGUGACCAUAAAGAAGGCCAAAGAGUCGGGCGCAAGAGCACAGAAGUUGCAAAGAAAGACGGGAGGCGGUCGUACUCCAAAGGAAGACCAAACACUCAUACACCCAACGACAAGCCAGGCAGAGUCUCUCCAGAGGACCAGGCCAAGGUCGUGGAUCCUGGAAACGCACGGAGAAGUGUAGACGGAAAUGCGAGAGGUGGGGGUAUGCAUAGGAUGAGUACUGCUCCUACUACUUCGCUGGAGCAUAGUGAGCAUGUCGAAAGAAAGGAACUCCAGCUUCCACCUAAACGCCAAGUGGCUGCUGAUGCUGCGCUACAGGAGGAUGAUUCGAAUCCGCUUAGCGCGACCCGUCUUAAUGACGGUGUAAAGGACAAGUCAGACCCUGAGCUUGUCAGUCCAGUUAACGAGGCUAAAGAUCUGGUAUCUGCAGAUUCGAAGGACGCAUUGGAUGCUCCAGAACGUCCUUCCGCAGAUGGGUCCGAGGAAACCAGGGUUGGUAUUGAUCCCACCGACUGGGCCGCUGUGAGGCAGAAGACUGAGGUACUGAACCUGAGCGAUGAGCCACCCAAAGUGGCUGUCAAAUGCGACCGACAGAAACCAUGUGGUGCUUGCAUCAAGCAUAGCGUUGACUGCAUCUUCAAUCCAGUGCAACCGCCGAAGAAGAAGAAGAAGCGCGUCAAGGUUAAUGUACUGACUGACCGACUGCGACAGUAUGAAGCCCUUCUUCAAGAGCAAGGGAUCGACGUCGGAAGGCUUCCAGAUUGGACAAAUGAUGGAUCGCAGCCUAUGACACACACUGUGCCUGAUCAACAACAGCAGCAUGUCAGUCAAUUGCGAACGCCUUCAUCUCUCGAGUCUGGACCGUCUCCAUACGCUAUCCAAACACCAAAUGUUCAAGGCCAGACAUCUUUCAAGUUUGUCGAAAACACUCUAUGGCAUAGAGUGGUCGAAGAGUCUCUUGAUCCGGAGAACGAUUUGGAAGACUCGAGUGAUAUUAGUGAAGAAGAAGCGAUAUCCGAUAACUCAGGAUUUGCUCUCCUCAGACAUACUCAUACCGGCGGUAGGCCUCGCCAUCCCUCGAUAGACCGCAUACAUCAACUUUGGGACACAUUUGUUAGCAACGUCGAUCCACUGACGAAAGUGGUACAUGUCCCUAGUCUGAGGCCAAUGAUUGAGAAAGCUGCGGAUAGCUCUGGGGUCAUACCACGGGCACUCGAAGCACUCAUGUUUGCUAUAUAUGGCUCCGCUGUCAUGUCGUUAAGCCGAAACGAAUGCGAGCAACGGUUCACUGAGCCCCGUGACCGUCUGCUUUCUCAAUACAUCUUCGCGACAGAAACGGCAUUAUCGCGAGCAAAGGUGAUGGAAACUACCAGUAUAGUUGUUCUCCAGGCUUUAGUUAUACAUCUCAUUACAACCCGCGACAUCUACACAGCACGCGCCAACUGGACCCUUACUGGUGCAGCUGUUCGCAUCGCUCAAGGCAUGGGUCUAGAGCGCGAUGGAAAGUAUCUAGGACUAUCUCCCUUCGAAACCGAGAUUCGCCGGCGUAUAUGGUAUCAGUUGAAAACUCAUGAUUCUCGAGCUACGGAGUUGUGUGGCCUUUCGAAAUACCGAGAUCCUGAUAUCGGUCCCCACCGAGCUGAGUGGCCUCUCAAUGUCAACGAUGAUCAGUUGUAUCCCAGUAUGACUGAACUACCCUUACAAUCCGAUCGACUGACGGACGCUGUUUUCAUCGUGACAAGGUGUGAAAUGGGAAAGUUCGCUGCCGCACGUAUCGCAGCCCUUCGACAGGAAGGAAAAGACCUUAGCCAGAUGAACCUCGACCAUUCGGGAAAAGACAAAAAGGACCGCGAGAGUAAAAUCCAAGAGCUCCAAGAGGCUAUCGAAACGAAACAUCUUCGUUACUGUGAUCCCUCUCAGCCUUUGGACCUUGUUACGAUGCUAGUUGCUCGAUACGGCCUGAACGUAGCCCGGUUCUUGAUGUAUCAUCCACGGAGCUGGGGUAGUAUCGAGCAAACACCGCUUGAGGAACGCCAGAAGAUAUGGGAAGUUUGUCUUAAACUUCUCGAACAACAAGUGAUGUUACAGACUAACCCCUUCACCCAACGGUUUGCAUGGAACGCGCCCUGGUAUCGGCAAUGGCACGCUUUCAUUCACGUAUUAGACGUUCUCCGGGCCGAUCCUGAAGUUUUUGAUGUUGAACGGGCUUGGAGACUCAUUGGUGAAACCUACGACAACAAUCCAGAUAUGAUUGAGGACAUGAGAAAACCCGUUCAUGCUGCUGUGGGCCAUCUAUGCUUGAAGGCAUAUGGCGAUCGGGAGGCGCUACUUCGUUCAAGACAUGUAGUCAUAUCGUCGGUACCCAGUUUUAUAGCACGUCUACGUCACCAACGCGAUUGUGCAAGACUGAGACGGCAGAAACGCGAUGCGGAUAGCAGUCAUGUUGCUACCUCUACUGAUACAGUCAAAAGUAAUACGCGUCAGCUUUGCGGCAGUAUUCCAGUUGAUGACUCUGAUCUCUUACUGGAUUCGACACCCAAUCCAACCCAAACGCCAUCUGGUCAUCCUCAUACUGUCUUUGAUGGUACCAAUCCUUCCACGUUCUCCAACGACUUUGACGGUUCAGGUUUUGAUAUCAUGGAGAUGGAUGGGUUAGACACCUUCUUAGCUGCGGACUAUAUCGUCGACGAUAUGGCAUUGGACCCUAUCGACUGGAGCAAAUUAGAUGACUGGCUUGCUCAUGUCACUUGA